AUGGGGGAUGUCGUCUUCAUCAGCUGGGCGGUUGCGGUGUUCGCGAGCGGCGCGCUCGCCAAUGUCUCCGUGGGGCCGGCGUCAGUUCGAGGCCCAAGCGGCGCGACCGUGAACAUGGGCGCCCUGGUCCUGUGUGCGAUCAUGUGCGCCUACUACAUCCUCUGUUGGCAUGAUGCACAGGUGGCACGGGCUCGUGAGGCGAAGGAAGUGGAGGAUGCCUCGGCACCGGCGAAGAAGCCACGCAUUGGAGCACUGGACAGCCUCAGGUUUAUUCUGAUUGCGUACAUCGCCUCCGGCCACUUUAUCCACACGGCCACGCAGAAUCCCUUCUUGCUGAGGUUCAUCUCGCAGAUCAACGUAGUCGUCGGCGCCUUCUUCGUGAUCUCUGGGUAUGUGGCUGCCUACACGACGACGGAGCUGGGACAGCGAAAGGGUUCCAAGCGCUUGGACAACGCGGUAGAGUUCGUGAUCACCCGCAUCAUGGGACACUGGCCAUUGCACCUCAUGGUGCUUCUGCUAUUCUCGCCAGUGUUUCUCUUUGUGGACCUCUCCUAUAGUGGGGUGGCAACAGCAGCUUGGAAUGGGUUUAUCUCCAUCUUCAUGCUCCAGGCUUGGUUCCCAACAUCUGCAGAGGUAUGGAAUGCCCCGACUUGGUUCCUCUCGGCGCUUUCCUUCGCCCUCUGUGCGCUUCCCUACGGACUUCGCAUCCUCGCCGGGCACGCUGGGCUGAAGAAGGAAGAACUCAGGAGAACGCUCGUCAUCCUAACUGUGCUGAGCUUGGUGCCGAAGGUGGCCUACAGCAAUGACCUCCAUGCCUGGGGCAUCAUGGAAGGUAUGCUGAAUGCAAAGACCCACCCUAACUACGCGCUUUUCAACAGCAUCCGCUUCAGCCCUCUGGGGGCUUUGCUGGAGGUCCAUAGCCGCCGUCCUCCAGUGGUUUUUGAGCGUAUUCAGGAUUUCCGAGUUCGUCUUCAAGCUUUGCAUCUUGGGGUUCAAGAAGAGAUGCAAGGUUCGGGUGAGGGUUGUAGGGUUGUAGGGCUCCAGGAAUUUUUUGCGGGUGUCGGCAGGGAUCCAACGCAGAGUCCUCAAGAAGUGUCGCCAGUAACCGCGAGUAACGCUCGCAUGAGACCCCAAUGA